AUGACGAUCGCUGGACCGGCGCGGACGCAAGUGCGCAAACGCGCGAUGCGACGCCGGCCUGGGCUCCGCGCAGCUGCGGGGAUCGAGGCGAGGCGCCGCGUGACCCGCCGGGGCCAGAGCAGGAGUGGCCGCCGGCUUCUCGGCACCUUCGGCCGGGAGCAGCCGGCCUGGAGCCGCCAGGUGUCCGCGACCAUGGCCAUGAACCUUCUGGAGGACUGGUGCCGGGGGAUGGAAGUGGACAUCCACAGGUCCCUGUUGGUCACGGGCAUCCCAGAGGACUGUGAUCAAGCAGAAAUUGAGGAGACUUUGAAUGGGGUCCUCUCCCCGCUGGGCCCAUACUUCGUGCUCAAUAAGAUUUUUCUGAGGGAAGAGAAUGCCAAAGCUGCCCUCAUUGAGGUAGGAGAGGGUGUGAAUCUCAGGGCCAUACCCCGGGAAUUCCCAGGAAGGGGGGGCGUCUGGACAGUGGUUUGUAGAGACCCCACCCAGGAUGCUGAGUUUCUGAAAAAUCUGAAUGAAUUCCUGGAUGCCGAGGGGCGUACCUGGGAGGAUGUGGUCCGCCUGCUCCAGCUCAGCCACCCCUCACGGCCCCAGAAUCAGCCCCCAGAGAACUGGGCAGAAGCUUUGGGGGUGCUCCUGGGGGCAGUGGUGCAAAUCAUCUUCUACAUGGAUGCCGAGAUCCGCGGCCGCGAGGAAGCUAGGGCUCAAGAAGUGGCUGAUGCCCAGGCAGUAGCAACCUCAGCCUUAGCAGCGUGGAGGAAGGUCAAGAAGGAGCCAGGGCGGGCUGCAGAACUAGGUUCUGCUUUGAAGAUGGAGAAUCCCGACACCUGGAAUGACCUGGAAGACAAAGGUGACCCUCCCAAACCUCUGGUUCGCCGGCUUGGAGCUAAAAGUCGCUCCAGGAGAAAGAAGCAGAAAAAAAACACUAAGCAGGAAUCAGUGCUCUGGAAUAAGCCCAAAGGCCACCAUUCCAACAGCUCAGUCUCUUUGGAGGAUCCUGAGGCUGAUGGUGCUGAAAAUAUGGAGGUGUCAGAAUCCGUCAGGAGCAACAGAAAGCCCUGUGUGAAGCAGGAGAAGUCGGCUUUGAAAAAGCCUGUGGCAAAAUGUGCCUGGAAGGCUCCCAGCAGCCCCUCCCAUGAUGCCCGGUCAGAAGCUGUGAGCCCUGGGGUUGCUUCGCUGUCAGACCAAGAUGGCGGUCAGGAGGGCCCCCCAAAGAAGAAGGCCAUGGGCUGGGCCUUGGCAAAGAGCCCUGCCCCCGUGAGAAAGAAGAAGAAGGUGAGCUUGGGCCCUGUUUCGUACGUCCUUGUCGAUUUAGAAGAUGCCAAGAAGAAGCCAGUGAUGGGGAAGAAAGGGCCGGGCUCAAGAAGAGAUGGCUCAGCUCAGAAGGCCUUUCGAGGCCCCCAGCCCAUGGGGUUGCCAGCCUCGACGUCUCGGGGCCCAAAGGCCAAGCCGGAAGGCUCUCCUCAUGCUUCCAGUGGUCAGAAUGACAACAGAAGUCAUUUGGGUUGUGCCGGCAAGUGGAUGAGUCGGGAACCCGAGCGGGAGCGGCAGGUGGGCGCAGAGUCACUAGGGGGCGUGGCAGGUCAGGUGGUGCGCGAGGAGGACCCCAGUGCCGUGGAGGAGGCGGAUGACACACGAGUUGAGAUUUUAGAGGGCAGGAGCCCUGACCUCCCUCCUAGGAGCCCCUGA